AUGAUAGGUGGUGUUCUAAAAUCUACCCCUGUGGAAUGGCUCCCGGUGUUGAGUCACAUCCCACCCCCAAAUCUUCGACGCAUGAAUGCCCUUACUAGAGAGUACAAGAAGAUACAGGAAAAUCGAAGCCUGCCAAUACAUGAGGAUAUACAAGAUGCCAAUCAGAGACGUCUGCAAUCUCGUAAGCCACCGGUUAGGACGGCAAUUACAGCCUUAGAUUCAGGUUUCCGUAUAACUGAGGCCUGGCAACAAGCGUGGUCAGCAAAGCAGAACAUUGACAUCCCAUUUGUAACCAAAAGGCCACCAGGCUUCGAUUUGCCUCGAAAAACAUGGAAUCCACAAGCUGCUAUAGCUGUUUCACCGAUAAAUGCAAAGAAGGCCAUGAAACGCGCGAGGGGUCUGGCGGAGCCGGCUAUCCCUCGUACACUUGAACAGAUGAGGGAGGAAAUUAUGCUUCCCGGUCGUGAGGGUUUGAAAACAACAAAGGGAGGGGAGGAAAAUUUCCUAAUUGAUCUGGCCAUCAAGGGGGAUGCAGGUGAAACGCUGGCCGAUGGUUUUGCAAGUCGCAGGACCGUCGAGUUCUUAAGACGGCAUCCCGGGGAGGCAUCCCACGUAAUGAUGGAUGCCACGUUUAAAAUAAUCCCUAGGCGUCCAUUGGGGGUCCAUCAACUUUUUUCUGUACAUGCGAUUUACAUAGACAUUGCUUUCCUGUUGGCGAUUUUUCUGAUGACGAGGAAAACAGAAGAUAGUUACAGAAGGGUGUUAACGUUUGUGAGAGAGCAGCUAGCCUAUCACCUGGCCUGUGAAUAA